AUGCGAGGAGAUCCCAAGUAUGACAAGAUAAUCGGUGGGACACUUGGCAACGCGCCACUUUCUGGCGGAUUCAUUGCGAUUCAACAAAAUAUGUUGAGCGACCGUGCUCAGUAUCUUGCCGAACAUGAAGGCCCUUCAAUGCCCCGCCAUCUCAAUGAUAGGCAGCAAUAUAUAAUGAAGCUGCUUGACGACAUCGCAGGUGUGGAGAAGUUUCGGCCGAGCAUUGGAGCUCAGGACAGACUUGCCGACACUCGAACAGACUGGGCAGCGUUUCUUGAAACGCUCAAAACUGAUGGGAAAAUUGAGGGUAGUCACUCGGACUGCUACUACAGUCCCACCGCAAGUGACUCGGAGUCUGCUCAGUCAGAUGAGGAAGAAACGAACCUUCGCUAUGCCCGGCCUCCGAGGCGUCACAGAAGACCCAUUGUGUAUAGCCCUGAUGUUACGAAGCUCGCCGGCGAGCUUGCUAGACACGCUCAUGCAAUUCAAAAGGCGUUUCAUGACUUCGACGAGUCUGGUAGCGUGUUGCCAGCACCAUUUCGGGAGCUCUGCCAGGGCUUCAAUUUCAUUCAGCGUUGCAGCAAACGCAUCCAAGAGAGUUGCACCACUGUCGAUGCAGCAACCAGCAAGGUCGACCAGCAUGUCGAGGAUGCGGCAGCUGUUGUCUCUGAAACAGACAGUCUGUUUUUGGAUCAGUUAAAUUGA